GCCGCGCGGCGGCGGCGCCGGGGCGGGCGCGCGUCCGCGGCGGUGAUGGCGGUGCGUGAACGCGCGGCGGCAGCAAUGGCCGCUCUGGAGCGGCGGGUGCCGAGUCUCGAUGACUUCGCGGGACAGAGCUGGAGCUCGUGGGUGGAGCGGGCCGACCUGCCCGCGGCCGACGGGCCCGAGCUGGAGGACUGUAACAAAUCCACAAAGAAGCUGGACGCCAUGACCCUGAUCAAAGAAGACAUGUCCAUCUUCGGGCACUGCCCUGCCCAUGACGACUUCUAUUUGGUUGUGUGUAACCACUGCAGCCAAGUGGUGAAGCCUCAAGCUUUCCAGAAGCACUGCGAAAGAAGACACGGGCCCCUCAGCAAACUUUACGCCCGAGCCCCGCCGCCCCCUCCUGCCCCUGCCAGCUCCCAGAAAUGCCAUGUCGUGAAUGGGCAGGGCCCUGCUUGCAGGGCUCCGGGUUCCGCCAGAAGCUCCUCCAGGGAGAAGGGCCACGGGUCCCGGAGCCGUGGCCACCCACCUCCAGAGAAGACCCAGAAGGACAGCCUCUGCCUCUUCGUGCCUGUGGUGAACCUGGAGAAGAUGUCCGGUCUCCCGAAACCCGACGGGCCGGGGAUCAGGGUGGCCCCACCGGCAGCGUUCCUCAGCCAGCCCGGCAGCCUCCCCAAGGACUCCCCAGGGAAAUCCCCCUUGGUUCCCCCUUUGAAAGAACCUCCAGGCAGAGAGAGCAUCGAGAGCACCCCCGGCGAGGGCCUGGGCACCCCCCGGGCUGAAGGCAGUCCCCCGGAAAAAGAGCCCGGGGGAGCCAGGCUGCCCCUCAAAACCCACCGGAAGAUGGCUCGGAAGGAGUGUGACCUCAACAGGCAGUGUGGGGUGAUCAACCCCGAGACCAAGAAGAUCUGUACCCGACUGCUGACCUGCAAGAUCCACUCGGUGCACCAGCGCCGGGAGGUCCAGGGCCGGGCCAAGGACUUUGACGUGCUAGUGGCGGAGCUGAAGGCCAGCUCCCGCAAAGGGGAGUUCCCCAAGGAGAAGAGCCCGGGGCGCAAGGAGCCGGCUCUCGAGCGCCCCGCCCAGGAGGCCCCCUCCUCCGUCCAGGCCGUGGCAGCGGCAGCUGCUCCCAGCAGCACCCUUGCGGCUCGGGCCAAGCAGCCCUACCCAUACUGUGCACUGCCCAGGUCCCAGGCCUCCUCUGAGAGCGAGUUGGAUGAUGAAGGCCUCGGUGGGGGUGAUGGAGACCCAGGCCUGUUCCCCUUCCCCCUGCCCCGGGGUGGGGCCCAGGCCUCCAGCGAGGAGAGCGAGGAGGAGGGGGCUGCGGAUGACCCUCACCUCCCCACGGACUGCCACUACGCCACCCGGCCCCCACGGCCGCAGGCGUUCUGCACCUUUGGGAGCCGGCUGGUGAGUCCCGGAUGCUACGUGUUUAGCCGCCGGCUGGACCGGUUCUGCUCAGCACUGAGCUCCAUGCUGGAGCGGCACCUCAGCUCGCACAUGUGGAAGAAGAUCCCGCCGGCGGCCGAGCCUCCGCCCCACGUCGUCGGCUCCUCACUCGCCGCCCCCCGGAGCCCCUCGGCGACCGGCAGCUGCCCGCGCCUCCCGGGCCCCGCGCCCCGGCCCGCCUGCCCGGCCGCCGCGCCCCCCGCACAGGACCACCUGGUCCCCAGCUACCCCGCCGGCUCCCCCAGCGUGGCGGCCGCCUGCAGCCAGGCCGAGUGCACGGGCGGCAGCCAGGCCAUCACCUCGCCGCUGCCCGCCAACACGCCGUGCCCGUCCUUCAGCAAGCUCCCGCCCUCCAAGGCCAGCAGGUCGGCCAAGGGCAAGGAGCGCGCCGAGGCCGAGGCCCCCUCCCGGAAGCGGAAGUCGUCCCCCGGCCCCGCCCCCUUCAAACGGACCUGCCUGCCGGAGCCGGGCGGGAAGGGGAAGCCCCCCGGGUGCCGGGGCCCCGCGGCCAAGGCGAAGCCGGCCCUGGCCCCGGGACUCAACGGGACCGCGGGUCCGCGGGUGAAGCGGGCCGGGCCCCCGGACUGUCGCGCCGCCCCGCACGCCCCCGCGCCGGCGAAGGCGCCGCAGCCGGACGGCCGGGGGGGCGGCGGACACCCCGCCAAGGCGCUGCCCCCCGGCUGCCUCUCGGAGGAGGAGGUCGCCAAGAAGCGGAAGAACCUGGCCACGUACUGCCGGCCGGCGAAGACCAAGCACUGCCCGGCCGGCGGCCCCGCCGACGUGGGCUGCCCCGCGCGCCGCAAGAAGCCGGGCCCGGGCCUCGCCUUCGAGGACAAGUGUGCCACGCUGAAGGAACUGGAGCAGCCUCUGUACCCCGAGGGAAAGGAAGUUGGAGUCUGUAAGCUCUGAUAUGAGUGGUUAGGGCUGGGGCUGAAGCUGGAGCAAUAGCCUUGCAGGUAGGG